CUUCUCCCACGCACCCAACCACCGCCCCUCUCUCUCUCUCUCUCUCUCGCGAACCCCACCCAACCCCUCGUGCCAUCCUCUCUCUCUCUCUCGAACCCUAGCGCUCCACUCCUCCCUGGCCGCCGCCACCUCCGGCGCCCUCUGUCCGGCGAGAUCCACGACUCCUCCUCCUCCUCUCUGGGUCGAUCCCCUCCAACCCACGACUCCACAACUCCUCGUGCUCCUCUCUGGAUCGAUCCGCAACCGCUUCCAACCGAGCUGCCGCAGACCUCCCCCAAUCCCGGCCUCCUCCACGCCGAUUCGAGCAACACUCCCCACUUCCAGACCAAACCCUAGCCUGAGACCCCUUCCUCCUCGAUGGCCAACCCCUCCAUGGCGGCCGGCGCCGGGGUGCCGUUGGUGGAGGGGGUCCAUGCCGUUGGGGCCCAGAUCCGCAACCGCUUCCGCGUGGCGCCCGUCGACCGCGUGGCUGCGGCCCUGGCGACGCGAUGGUAGCAUCUGCCCUGGCGGCGUUGGCCAACGAGAAACCGCGAGAUCCUCGACGCUGUGGGCACCACCGCAGCGGCGCUAAGCACCACCGAUGCUGAUGGGGUCCAACGAGGCGGACAAGCCGCUGCGGCGGAUCGGCGCGUCAUUCGAGCAGCUCGCGGCCGUCGCCAAGCAGCAGCAGCAGCCCGCGAUGGCUGCGGGGGACUUCUCACGCGCCUGCUCCAACGUCUCCGUCCUCUUCUGCUGCCUCGACAUCGCCUUCAAGUUUGCGGAGAUGGACUACGUAGCCAAGGCAAGCGGCCGCUCCUCCGCCCCCUCUCCUCCCCCGCUACCUGCUCUGCUGUUCGGUCGUGGCGACCACCAACAAGACACCCAACUCCCGCACCCCGAACUACCCUACCCGAGCCUGCCGUCUCAGCUGAUGUGUCAAGUCCACAACAUCACCAUGCAUGCUGACAAGGACAAUGAGGAGGUCUACGCACAGAUGACUCUGCAACCAAUAAACUCUGUGUUGUGUGUUCUGGAAGAUGGAAGAGGAAGAAAACCUAUUUUUGUUGAACUAAAUUUUUUGUAUUCUGUUUUGUUGUACGUAUCAUUUGAUAGUUCUGUAUAGGAACAAGUGAUACUAUUUUGUAGGGCUUUAUGGCCUGUGAUGUAAAACAUAUUUAGUGCUGAAAUAUGAAAUUAUUUGCGAAAUUUGUCGAAAA